GAGUAUGUGCUGCAGGAGGACGGCACCAUCACUCCUCUGAACAACGUGCAGAACUACGUGCUGAGUGAGCAGCAGGCGGGGGAGAUCCUGGCGCAGGUUCUCGCUCAGCAGCAGCUGCAACAGCAGACACGUCAGCCUGUCUUCAAACCUGCGGCCCCCUCCCGCUCCACCCUGUUGCCCCCGGUGACGGCGGCCCCCGGCUCUGCCACCAUGCACCUGCAGAUCCUCACUGCUCAGGCUCUGGCAGAUAACUCCUCCUCGCCCAGCCAGCGCCGCUCCAAGCUGCCCCCCCUGCUGCCUGCGCUGGGCCGGGGUUCCUCGGGGGUCCUGGAGAACGGGGUGCAGAGACUGGAGUUAAGGUUGGCCCCCAGCGUGAGGGAGGAGCAGCAGGCCACAGAGGUGCUGGUCAUCCACCCGUAUGAGUGCUCAGAAUGCUCCCUUCUCUUCCAGACGCCGGAGGACUUCCUCCAGCACCAGGGGGAGCACUUCCUGUGUCAGGACAAAGAGAGCGGGGAGCCAGGCGUCAUGAGCGGCUUCGAGGAGGUGCGGGGGAGGGAAGAGGCGACGGAGAAGGUGGAGGACAUUAGGAUCAGAGUGGCAGAGAAGAAAGCCGCAGUCUGGGCCAAGCCCCAACAGUGUGAACUCUGCAGCCGCACGUUCACCUCCGUCAACAGGCUGGCGGCUCACAGGCGCGUGCACGAGCAGGGCACGCACGAGUGCCCCGAGUGCGGCAAGGUGUUCAAGAAGGCCACCUCCAUGCAGACACACAUGCGCACACACUCGGGCGUGGCAAGGUAUCUGUGUGUGGACUGUGGCACCGGCUUCACCACUGAGAUGACUCUGAUCAUGCACAGGAAGUCCCACAUUGCAGACCCCCUCCACAAGUGUCAGUUCUGCAACAAAACCUUCACCAACAUGACCAAGUACCUCUACCACCGCAGAACCCACCUCAACCGCGACUCCGCCCUCACACCAGCCCCCAUUCACCGCAAUUCAGCUGACACACCAGCCCCUACCUCCACGGUCUUGGCUCCAAGAAGAGUGUCUCUCUCUACCCUCGCCAUCCUACAGAGGGCGAGAGAGAAGAACUCACACACUACUGAGCUGAAGGUCAACAUACUGACUUCUCACAAGGAGGAAGAGAUGGGUACACCUGGACAAGAUCCAGAAAUGACAGGAGGGGAAGGGGAGCAGCAGGGGGAAGACAUUGAAAUGGAGGUGUCUGCCCCACCUAAAGGCACCACCAUCGAGCCCCAGCAGGAGAAGUCUGUCACUAACUCUGCCCCCCUGGGUGACACCGGAGGAGGCGUCAAAGCUAUUGUCUCUCCACCUGCCUCAUCAGACAAAACCUCUUUCUCCUGUCGUACUUGCUCCAAGACCUUCCCCUCCCAGCUGCAGCUCGUUCACCAUCGCCGCAAGACCCACGUCACCGAGCGCAGCUUCAUGUGUGGCAUCUGCGGAAAGACUUUUAAGAAGCAGAUCCAUGUGCGCAACCACAUCCGCACCCACACCGGGGAGCGGCCCUUCCAGUGCUCCGACUGCGGGAAAACAUUCUCGUCUCUCGCCAACCUCACCAGGCACACACUCAUCCACUCGGGCGUGCGUCCGUACCGCUGCGACGUCUGCCACCGCUCCUUCUCCCAGUCGUCCAACCUCCGUCAGCACAGCCUGCUGCACUCCAGCGCUGCCACGCUCUGCUGCCCCGACUGCCCCGCCACCUUCCGCUGGCCCACUAAGUUAGCUGCUCAUCGCUACACCCAACACCAGGGGUCUCCGGCGCCUUUCCCGUGUCCCCACUGCGAGGCCGGCUUCCUGACCCGGAGACAGAGAGAGGGACACUUUCUGGAGCUGCACCCCACCCUGGUGCAGCCCGGUACGGGGACAGAAGAGGACAAAGAAACAGAAGCAGUGGCGGGGAAAGAUCUGAGCUCAAAGCCCUCCACCUCAGCAGAGACAGAAUCAGGGGAUUCAAGCGGUCUCUCGCGUGGGGGUUUAGACUGUAAUAUUUGUGGGAAGAAGCUCAAUUCUCCAGCCAACCUGCGACUCCACAGACUGAGUCACUUCUCUUUGGGCCCCGGGCGAACGCGCUGCGCCACAGGGAAGAGAACCAAAGCCCACCAGUGUCCCAUCUGUGGAAAACUGUUCGUGUCUUCCUCGGGAGUCGCACUUCACCAGAGGGUCCACACCGGGGAGCGGCCCUUCCCCUGCCAAGAGUGCGGCAAGCGCUUCCGUCAGAACACACACCUGCGGGAGCACCUGCGCACACACUCGGGCGAGCGUCCGUUCCGCUGUGAGGUGUGUGGGAAGGGCUUCAUCCAGAGCAUGCACCUGGCGGAGCACCGGCGCACACACACGGGCGAGCGGCCACACGUCUGCCCGCUGUGUGGCAAAGCCUUCAAGACCUUCUCCAACCUGAGGAACCACAAGAAGACGCACGCCCGGCAGCAGAGGCUGGACGAAGCGGCCGUCGCCAUGGAGACCAACUCUGCUGUGGCCGUGGUCGACCCGGCGACGGUGGAGCUGGCUAACGGGCAGCCGCAGAUCAUCCAGAUACAGACCUCAGAUCUGCAGCAG